AGUGAGGAGGGGAUAAGAUCUUUUUUGAAACAAUUUUAAUUCUUUCUUUGCGGGGGUCACAAAAGAGAAAAAAGUAUUAAAAAAUCUCCUCUGCCUCCCACUAGUGACUUGAAAAGAUCCACAGAUGAAAAGGUGUAAAGCUAAUUGCUUUGAAAUCUAACAAGAUAGAAUGCAUUCCCGGCUACUAUUUAUUUUUCAUAUUAGUCUGGGAAUGCUGUUAAUAAAGUAAGCAUUCCUAGAAAGCGCGCGAGAAUGGGUAUAGAGGGGACACGGGAGGGAGGAGGUGGGGAGAGGAAGCCAGCGCGCAUAAAUCUGGCCUAUUUUUACUCAAGCGUUGAGAAAACGAAAUACCAAUGAGUCUUUCCUCAAUUUUACAGUAAAAGUACCAAAAAGCUUUCCCAAGAAAGCAAACAACGAAAGUCAACUCCUUCUGCUCACAGCUCCCUCCCUCAUUUUGGGAGGGUGGAAAAAAAAAAGUCCCUUCGCGCCUAGAGCUCCGCCCACUUGCUUGAGGUUUUCAAACAGGUCCGCCGCCAGGCAAUAUAAGGCUUGGUCUCCAGUUUUGUAACCCCUAGCUUCUUGCUCUUCGGCUUUCAGGUUUUUGCGUACUGAAAGGAUGUCUGGUCGCGGGAAAGGCGGCAAAGGGCUGGGAAAAGGAGGCGCCAAGCGCCACCGGAAGGUCUUACGGGACAACAUCCAGGGUAUUACGAAGCCCGCCAUCCGCCGGCUGGCCCGCCGAGGGGGUGUCAAGCGCAUUUCGGGACUCAUCUAUGAGGAGACCCGGGGAGUACUUAAAGUAUUUCUGGAGAACGUGAUCCGCGAUGCAGUGACUUACACGGAGCACGCCAAGCGCAAGACCGUCACGGCAAUGGACGUGGUGUACGCGUUGAAACGCCAGGGCCGCACGUUGUAUGGCUUCGGUGGCUGAGCAGUCCCGGCGGCUUAUCUCCACAUUUCUAAAGGCCCUUUUAAGGGCCCCCAGGACGUCAAGAAAAGAGCGAAUACUUUGCAUUUACUGUGUGAAUGUGGAAUCUAGACGCAGAUCGGUGCAUUGGCUGAAAUGCACCAGCCCGGUGUCCUGAAAGUACCUGUCCCG